CACGAAUCGCUUUCAGUUGACGAUUCGACUUUCUUGCAAGUCGUUGCUCGUAAUCAAAAUGGCGAAUAAAACCGGCAGAAACGAAUCGCAGGCGACAGAAAAUGGCGCCGAACCAAAGAAAACGUUAGCCUCACGUAAGUUUAUUCGUCUUGGGACUAUGGUGUGGGCCAAGCUGGACGGCUGGCCCUGGUGGCCUGGCAUUGUAGUUACGCACAACGAUUGUGGGUUGCCGCCACCCAAGAAACCGACCAACUACUGGGUGUACUGGUUCGGAGGCCAUCAGACCGUUUCAGAGAUGCCGGCUGAAAAGCUUAGCGGUUUCCUGGACGACCAUUUCAUCCGGUUGCUGAAUCAAGCCUAUAAUAACCUCUACGAAAAAGGUGUUUUGGAAGCCGUCAGGAUGUUGGCGCACAGUAAAAAUCAGCCGAGACUCGUCAAACCAACAGCUGGCAAAUUGAAAUCGUGGGCGAUUAAAAUGUUUUCGUCCGUUAAGGGCAACACCAAUCGAGAUGUUGUUCUUGACGACUUCCCAGAAUGGCUGGAACGUUGCAUCAAUCGAAUCAAAGACACAAACGAUAAAUUGAAAAGGAUUUCCAACGAGAAGAAAGAGAGUCGUUUGUCUGCGUUCCAGGGUGGUGCCAAAAAGAAGGAGAAAAAGAAGAACAAUGCCGAAGAAGAUGACGUCACUUACGGCCCGCGAGAUUGCGACAUUGCUGUCGUGGACAGAAUCAAAGCUGGAACGCUGGACAUGGAUUAUUUUUGUCUUGGCUGUCAUGUGGAGAUCAUGGGACUGUGCAUGGAACAUCCUCUCUUCCUUGGAAGUCUCUGCAAUCAAGAAUGCAAGAAUGAACUCCUUGGAACCAGUUACAGCGUUGGCGAAGACGACAUUCACGUGGGCUGUGCCAUUUGUGGUUCGACGGGAGAUUGUUUAGUCUGCGAAAAUGGUUCUUGUUCCAGGGUCUACUGUUCGUAUUGCGUCGAACUAUUGGUGGGCGAAGGAUCCAUGUCCGCCAUUAUGCAGAAGACGCCGUGGUUCUGUUUCCUCUGUGCCCAUUUUGCUACAGAAUCUCACGGCUUACUUCAACCUCGUUCCGACUGGGCUCUCAAGUUGAGGAAUUUUCUACAUCAAGAAUUCCCUCUACAAUUGAAUCGGCAUUUAUCUAAGAACGGGCAACCCGCAUUCCGGGUCGUGGUCCUCCACGACAACCUAGGCGCUGUCCACUACGCCCUGGGCUCAUUACGUCUUCACCUCGACCAGUACAUGGCGUCGGACAGGUGGGAAGAGGUGUACGAACUCAACGGCGUCGAUUUCGUUCUCCUCAAGAACGCCAAUCAAAUGAAAGACGAAGAAUGGGCCAAACUGUAUCCUAUCCAUUUACUCGUUUCUUGCCUUCCGGCUAAGAAAUUCGAUCCGCAACGUCAUCAACCUGCCGGCAGAGAAGUGGGUAGAAGACAGUUCGCCGAAGGAGAAUAUGGGGAGGCUUUCUUCGAUUUCUUCCGCAUCAAAAAUUGCAUUGAACGUAAUAAUCAAGACACUCCUCUUUUAUGGGCAGUGGAAAAUGUCAGCAGUUAUCACAUCACCAUUUCCAGGUUUCUUCAGAUGGAGCCUAUCGUAUUCGACAUGAAAGACGGCCAAGGCUACGUCAAACAUCGUCUCGUAUGGACGAAUAUUCCCGAACAGAAUUUCAAGCCGCAAUUGGAACACGUGAUUAACAAUGACUAUCCAUCCAUUUCCAGUCUUCCGCUCAGUCGGGAACCUUUCUUCAUCAAAUAUCCUUGGAUCCUCGAAGAUAUUGUGGCCAUUGCCCAACCACGGCCAGCCAAUUGGCAGGAAAAACACGACCGGAUGCUGUUCCAGCGCGACACGCGAAGCAAAACGAAAACAAUCAAACGUCCUGCGUAUUUGGAACACUAUUCCGUGGUCCAGUUGACGCAGAAAACUGCCAAGAAGAGGAGGAAAAUGGAUGAUGAUGUCCAUCCGAAUUGGAAAUUACGUGAGAUGGGCAACAACGACGAGGACGCGGAUGAGGAUCAGACGGAUUACGUGGCCGCUCUGACCAAUCAUGCGACGUACGCCCGUUCGCUCGGUUUUCCCGAACCCUUUCCAGAGUUUGUGUCUCAUCUGGAUGAAGCGGCCGUCCAAGAGAGACUGAACCGCAGUCUACCCGUCUCGCUGUGGAUUCAUCUGUUCCAGCCGUUGUUGAAAUUGGCUCGAAUCGCCCAACCGGAUUGUCAAUCCAAUACGCGUAGCCACCGUCAACGUUAUCGAAGUAAUCGCAAUAGUCACGUAGUGCGCGUUGCUGUUUUCUCAGGUACGAUCUCGGAUUCGGAUAAGACCGGACGUAAGAGGCAGCCGCCUGUCUUUUGCUCCUCGAUGACGGAUGAGAUACGGACCGACUUUCGUUCGAUUCGUCGGAUUCAGACGUUUCAGCCGAUCCGACAUGUUCGGAUGAACGAGAUUCUUCAUUCUCGCCAGACGUUUGACUUCUCUGUUCCAGUUGAUGCCUCGAAUGGAUCUCUGACGGUGCGGAAUCCAACUUGUCUUCAUGAUGGGUCGAUUGGCUUUGCAAUUCCGUCUGUCCGGCCAAUGCGGAGAGGACGAGAUACGCAAGAAUCCAAACUCCAAUCAUCUGCGUUUUAAAAGGCGAUUGGCAACAGUUCCAUUCCAGCCGCUUCUUUUUAUACCGAAUUAGUUUUGAUUUCCUUUGUAAAAGUCGUUGCAUUUACGUCGUAACUGGACGUCGAGAAGACUUUAGCAUCUCUCAAGAGUGGGUUGAAGGCCACAUUUCCAAGAAACGGACAACAAAGAAGUUUUUUUUUCUACUCCCCAAAUGGAACGAGUCGAUGAACUUUGAACGUCGAGUUUUUUCACUGCGUGUCAUCUUUGAGGUCAAUUGCCUUGGCCGAUAGGUGGACACAAGUCGAGGUAUGUCCUCAUUUGUAAUGACAACCAUUCUACUGUCGUAUUCGAACUGGGCAGAACUUAAAAAGUGCAUCGUUUGGCAUGUGCGAUAUUCGGAUAAUACUUGAAUGAGGUCUGAAAGAAACUAAAUGAAAAUGGCGAAAACAUUGAAGAUGCUAUUGAUACUAAUCUUGUGCGGGAACGGUUGCCAAAACGUGGGAGACAUGAGCUUUGCAAAACAGCUGGACAAUGCAAUUGCGAAUGAUUCUGAAAGCAAAAGCUGGCAUGAAAUUGCUCACAUCAUUGAGAUAAC